AUGGAAAUCGAUGGGACCGUUGUUAUAGAAGAUGGAUUUGGUUUCGUGCCUCGUAAUUCUGAGACCGAAUCGGACGAUAAAUCCUUCAACAUUGUUCGAAGAUAUACCAUGACGAAUAAAAACGCCGCAUCCGUUCGUUUGAUAAGCUGGGGGGCCGGAAUUCAAUCAAUAAGAGUUCCAAACGCUCGGGAUAUUUUGAGUGACGUUGCUUUUGGAUUCGACGAUAUGAAAGGAUAUUCGACGAACCGAUAUGUAGGACGAAUAAUCAACAACGUGAGGAAUCGUUCGUCGAAUUUCGACGUAAACGAUUGUUUCGAGAUCCGUGCGCAGGGAGAUUAUCGAGAGAACGAAAGAUUCGAGACCGUGAAUAAUAGAAAUCGUUUCGGAGCUCGUGCGAAGGAGGAUCGUGAAGAGAAUGAAAAAUUCGAUACUCUCGACAACGUUAAUUGGGAGUCUUGUAUUUUAGGGGAGCAAGUAAUCAUGUCCUACGUCAAAAGAGUGCGAACGAGGGAACGCUUCGGCGAUAUGUUAAUACAAGUAAAAUACAGUUGGACUGAUAAGAACGAAUUGAACAUAAACAUGCGAGCGACAGUGACUGAGUCGAUGCCAGUGAAUAUGACUGUUUUGUGUCCCAUGAAUCUUGCUGGUCACGCUGCGGGGGUUAAAGAAUUGGAGGAUCAUAUCGUGAGCAUAAACACUGAAAAAUUCGGGCCGAGUGGGCCGGGCCAAGAAUGGUUCAACCGAGUUUCCAAAGUCGAUCCCAAUUUCUACGAUCUGAGAAUGCCAACUCGUUUGAAAAAUCGAAUUUACCACAUUUCUGGUGGUGGUUACAAUCAUAAUUUGCGAAUAAACAGUCCGAGCGAUCGGUGUUACCGAUUCCACGCCAGAAUUAUCCAUCCGGAGUCAGGACGCUUCAUGGAAAUAUAUUCGAACAAAUCGCAUUUAAAGUUUUCAACGUUGAACGAUUUUCCUGAUUUCGAGCCAAAGCAUGUUUCCAGAGCAGAGGAUCGUUUUGGGAGAGCCGGUGGCGAUGUUCCCGCCGAGAAAAUCGUCUUAGACGACGAAACGUCGAGGAGAGAUUUAUUUGUGCGUGGAAAAGAUGGAGCUCUGUACAGGCGUCAUGGAGGAUUCGUGUUAUCCCCACUCAAUGACUGUUCCGACGAAUUUUCGUACUGGAAUAAUAUCGUGAACCCUGGUGAAAUUUACCACCACGAUUUGUCCUACAAAUUCGGAACAAAAUCAAGAGAUCGUUGA